UUCCCCAUGCUCUUUUCAUCAAUUUCCACUCCUUUUUAAGUCUUUUUUUACCUGAUUUUUGUUGUAUGAACCAUCCCCAAAGUCCAAUACUUCGCAUCGACGCACCGCCUACAUGAGAUAAUACCACAAAAAGCACAUAGCUUAUAGCCAACUAUGGUUGUUGUCCAGGACUUGCUCUGGGCUUUCUCUAUCUUUUCUCUUGUUUGGUACUUUCUUCAAGGUCUCUUCAGGGUCAUUUCCAUGGCCCUGAGCCUCAACUCUCCCCCUUGUCCCUCUCCCUCGUGGGCUUCCAGAAGUUUCAUCGACCGUUUAGGCGAGUGUUUGGUGGCGGAAGAGUGUUCUCAUGAGACUGGUUUUCCGAGCAAGAGGCGGAGAGGGGAGAAGGGUUUGCAUGAAAGUACUGAUAUCAUGCAGAAAAUCAGCCUAGGUUGUGGGGUGCAGGAGGAGGGGGAGGUUAAGAAGGGCUCUGUGAAGGUGAGGAAGAGGCCUGCUAGGAUCGUUGUGCCCGAGUUCUGUCCGGGUUUUGAUCAGUUUUGUGAAAGGGGUGGGAGGUUGGAGGAGAAGGAGAUUGAGGAGGAAGGGAGAGACUACUGUUUGGCUAGCAAGAAGGGGAAGAGGGAGGUCAUGGAAGAUGGAUAUGGAGUCAUGGUUGACAUCCAAGGGGACCCCCAACAGGCAUUUUUCACUGUGAUUGAUGGGCAUGGAGGGCGGGCUGCAGUCGAUUAUGUUGCAGAAAAUUUAGGAAAAAACAUUGUGAAAGCCCUUGAAAAUAUUGAGGAUUCAAAACAUGGUGAUAAUCAACUACAACAAGCCAUCCACCGAGGCUACCUAGUCACAGAUGAGGGGUUUCUUAGUAAGGAUGUGAGCAGUGGGGCUUGUGCUGCAAGUGUGCUGUUGAAGGAUGGAGAGUUGCAUGCAGCAAAUGUUGGUGAUUGUAGGGUAGUUUUGAGUAGGAAUGGCGUCGCGGAGCCCUUGACGAACGAUCAUCGUCUUUGUAGGGAAGACGAACGAUCUCGGAUUGAGAAUUCUGGUGGCUAUGUACAUUGUAUCAAUGGAGUUUGGAGGGUUCAAGGAUCGCUUGCGGUUUCUAGGGCUAUCGGAGACCUGCAUUUGAAAGAAUGGAUCAUUUCUGAACCAGAGAUUAAGAAACUUCAUUUGACAUCGGAUUGCAAGUUUUUGAUCAUGGCUUCUGAUGGAUUGUGGGAUAAGGUGAAUGAUCAAGAGGCAGUAGAUUUGGUUCUAGGAGAGAAAAAUCCAUUACAGUCUUGCAAGAAGCUUGUAGAUUUAUCUACUAACAGAGGCAACAAGGAUGAUAUUACAGUCAUGAUGAUCAACCUUCAAAGAUUCAUUAAACUUGGAAAUUGAUCGCGUUUUUUCAUAAUUUCUUCCUCAUUUACCCUCUGUAGAUGAAUUCAUCAUCCUUUAAGAAAGGAUGAAUAUUAGAAAAUGGUUAGAGGGAUACAGAAUUUAGAAUAAUGCAGGGAGAUAGGCAUAUGGGAUAGAAUAAUUUUUUGUACACUUUGAUUUGGUUUAAACUUAAUGAUUUAUUUAUUUAUUUAUUUAUUUAUUUAAAUCUUAUGGGUAUUGUCUUCAUUUAUUCUUCAAUGGGUUCAUGUAUGAAAUUAAUAAUACAAAAUAUGCAUUA